AUGGAAAAGGCAGAAUUUGAAGAGGAAAAGCAUAAAAUCCUUGAGGCGGGUGUUUUGAACGGUUUUGACAACGAAUUUGUCCUCAAAAUUCUCCGGAAACAUGCCAGAAAAAAGUACCGAAGUGAUGCCACCACCUUUAGGCCAGAGAAAGAAGAGCCCUAUAGAGUUAGCCUGCCGUUCCACCCUAAACUAACUAAUGGGAUAACAAAAAUCCUUUCUCAACAUGGCCUGAAAUCAGCAUACAAGAGCGGCAACACCCUUAAGGAUCGGUUGGUCUCCUUGAAGGAUAAGAUCCCGCAAGAUGAGAGAUCCGGAAUUUAUGAAAUUCCCUGUGAGAGUUGCUCAGCUGUAUACAUUGGCCAAACUCGUCGUAAAUUUAAAGUUCGACUUAAAGAACACAGAAACGCUGUAGACAACAACAGGGCCAAUGAAUCUAGCGUAGCUACCCACGCAACGGAAAUGGGUCACUCCAUUAACUGGGAAAAAGUGACCUAUAAGAAAUGUGUAAGAAAAGCCUCACAUUUGAACGCAUGGGAGUCUAUGUUUAUUAGCACUUCAGAGAAACCGCUAAUGAAUGAAGAUGACCCACCAAUUAUGUCGCCGCUUUUCACCUUCACCAAAAGAAAAAUUUAA